UCUCUCUCUAUAUAUAUUCUCUCUCUCUAUAUAUAUAGAGAGAGAGAGAGAGAGAGAGUUCUUUCAAUCGUUACAAGUAAAAUGCUUAUUCAAACUCAUACCUUGUGUCCCUUUAGCAUUCUUCCAAAAACCCUAGGUUCUGCAAGGACACCCUUCGGUGUGUGCAACUCGAAAUCCGUACGGAAUGAGUCUCUCCAACGGUGUAGGAAUUUCAGGCUGUUUUCCUCAGCUACAGGGAAUUGGAAUUAUCGCGUAUUCGAAAUGAACGGAAUUAUUAAUGUGGAUUUUUGGAAAAUGAAGAAUCGAGGUGCCAUAUUUUCAGCUUCUGGGGGGCAGAACUCAAGUGUUGAUAUGGGAAGGAAAAGAAAAGUUGUUGAACAUGUAUGUCUGCUCAAAGCAAAAGAGGACUUAUCUGAUGAGAAAGAGAAGGACAUGAUGGAUUAUCUUUAUACAUCCCAAUAUCAGAUGGGUGGCAUUGUGGCAGUGUCAAUAGGACGUAUCUCUGAUAGAAAUCUUGACAAUUACACUCAUGCUUUCUACAUGCGUUUCCAAACAAAGGAAGCCCUUGCAAAGUUUUACAAUAAUACUUUCUACUUGGGAGUUCUCAAGGACCAUGUAAUGCCUUACUGCCAUGGGUUAAUAAAUCUGGAUUAUGAAUCUGAAGUAGAAGAUGAUAUCCUAGCUAUAUUUCGGAAAGGAGAGGAAUUUAACUUCGGUGUGGAGUUUGUCGUUUUCAUUGAAUUUGUUGAGAGUGCAUUGGGCAGGCCUGUGGAAGAUGCCUUGGCUUCUCUGGCAAAGCUGACAAUGGAAUUUCCAUCCUUAAUCGUCCAAGCUACUCAAGGUUCAAAUUUCAAUGUAACCAAUAAGGAAUAUACGCAUGGGGUGGUGAUACGAUUUCGAUCACUGGAGGCCUUUGAGAUAUUCAUGAGCAGUUCAGAGUACAAAGAUGUAAGAUGUGGAGGUCUAAAUUCCAACCUAUCACCCGAAACAUACUUUCCAAUCAUUUUUCUGUAGAUCCUGUGGGUACUGAGAUUAUUUAAGAAGUCUCAAUGAAUUUCAUGAGGUUUUGAAAAAGGCGUUCCUGAUCUGGGUUAGUCUACUUUUAGGAGACAAGCAUGCAGGAAGUUACAUUUCGGAAUCCUUCCAAAUGCAUUGUUGACUGCUCGGCGGAUAGAAACAAUAGGUGUACAGACAAUUAUUAGUAAUGUUUUAUAUAUUUUAUUAAUCUUUUUUAGUAUCAGAGGAGCCAAAUUAUACCCCACCACCAUUCAGCCUAGUUGUAUUAAAAAACAUAUAGACUGCUAGACUCCACAACAAUGUAAAACCAAAAUCCCUGACUAUUUAUUAAUUCUCUAUUUGACUUUUUUGUAAUCCACUACUGUUCUUUACGUGUUUAUUACUUUUAGUCGGUGACGAAACCCGAUUGUAUUGGUUGUUGAUGGCGCUUCAAUGUUAACUCUUUCUAUCC